AUGCUGGCGAACAUUUGCAGACAACAAUCGAGGCUCGCGGUCAAGCGCGCUCGUCAGGCGGCUAUUCGCUUCUGCACUGCGAGUCCAGGCCGUGCGAUGAUUGCCCCGCAAGCUAUUGCAGUUGGACAGAAACUUCCAGAUGCGAAGUUCAAGUACUUUGAUGGCGAGGGCCAGAUGCGCGACGUUACAACGGAGGAGCUCUGUAAAGGCAAGAAGGUGGUGCUGUUCGCAGUGCCCGGCGCCUUCACGCCCACCUGCUCUCUGAAGCACGUGCCAGGCUUUGUCGACAAGGCAGACGAGCUGAAGAACAAGGGCGUUGAUACGAUUGCUUGCGUGUCCGUCAACGACGCGUUCGUUAUGGCGGCGUGGGGCAAGGACCUCAAGGCGGGCGACAAGGUCCUGAUGCUGGCGGAUGGCAACGGCCAGUUCACCAAGGCACUUGGGGUGGAGCUGGACCUGAUUGACAAGGGCCUGGGCACGCGGUCGCGCCGGUAUUCCAUGUUUGUGGAUGACCAAGUCGUGAAGAUUCUUCAUUUGGAGGAGGGAGGCGCCUUCACCGUUUCGUCCGCGGAGGACAUGCUGGCAGCCCUUCCUUGAGCAUGUGGGCGACAACUCAGCCCGGGAGCCGGACGCAAGCCAGGCGGAGAUCAUGUUGCCAGUGGCGAUGGGGAGUGGGAGUGCUACAGCGCAUGUGGGUGUGCGUGUGUUUGUACUAAUGGUGUACACCGAGGCCCUGUGGGGCCUAGCGUUACGUGGAGCCCUCGGCCCCGGCUGAACCCUUGCAUGCAUCGAGCUGGAGCAGGAUUUCGGUGUUGGCUGAUGAGCUUUGUUGCGCUGAUGGCCAUGGCUGGUUGGCAAAAGGGGGUUUGGUUGUGUGUGCGAGCACUACUGUGUUCCUCUGCGGAGAUGAGCUGGCAACGGGGCCAGCACAGCAACGAGGCCGUAGUACAGGACAUGAGGAAAUGUGGAGGUUGCGGUCGGAAAGAAGUGUGGGGGAUUUGGCUGGGGGCUGAGGGUGUUAUCGCUACCAGUUCAGUUGCAUUGCCGGCACCGUCAUCACCGCCGCUGCUGCUCCUGCCGCAGCUGCCACCGCCAGUGUGCUGUCACGGCGCUGCUUACCAAGGGCGUGUGUUUCACGUAGUCCUAAGGCUUUUUCUGACACUCCGGAACGACGAAUGUAGGCUGUGGCUGCUGAAUUUCAGCGAGCGCGCAGUCCCAUGUACUGCAUGUAUUUGCCGUGUAGGGUUUCGUUUUUAUUUGGUAGUUGCAGUUGUUACUCUCCCGCAU